CUCUGUGCAAAAAGAGUCGUGGAUUACGUCUCGAAGGAUUGCUGGGGCAGAACGUGGGUUGCUCGAUAGGUGACAGGGUCUGGCUUGGUCGGACCUGCUCGAUGACGCCCCACGACCAGACACGCCUGAACGCGACAGCUGCAUCGACAUCGCUGCGAGCGCAGUGAAGUCAUCGAUGAACGUCUCGAAGGUUUCUCAGCCCUAGACGACCCUCGAGUCCCAAACGCGCCUCCAACGGUCGACCGGACCAACCCGACGUCCGAUGAGCACUGCCUAUCUCCGCCUCCACGCCCGCUAUUCGUCGUCAUAGUCUCCUCUACACGACAAACAGCCAUGCGCGCCCAACUCAAGCCCUUUGCAUCCUCGCGCCGUUUUUUAGGCACUACCAAACAUCGAGAAUGCCUCCCUCAUCCUCCAUAACACCGCUGCCGCCGCACAAGCCUGACACACACACGACAGCCCACCACGUCGGCAAGCCACCCACCAGCUUCAAGAACCCAUGGCCCUCGUACAAAAACGACGGCAUAAUCGCCGCCGUCCGAACGCGCUUCAGCACGCCUAAGAACUUCGUCCCCAUUCCCGCCGACCGCUUAGGUCUGGUCGACGUGCGCAAACCCGACUUCACCAACACACAGAACGGGUUGAAAGCAACAUGGAUAGGACACGCGAGUUUCUUGAUCGAAACAACGGCUUCGGAGGGAAACGAACGGGGAAUGCGCAUCCUCCUCGACCCCGUGUGGAGUGAGCGCGUAGGACCCUAUGGCAUGGUCGGUCCUGUGCGAUUUACACCUCCGCCAUGCACCAUUGACGAGCUACCUGAAAUCGACGCUGUGUGCAUCAGCCACGACCACUACGACCACCUCGACUCGGAUACGUUGAAGAAACUGAAUGCGAAACAAGGUGGCGACUUACGCUUCUUCUGCGGUUUAGGCGUCAAGUCUGUUCUGACGGGGCUAGGCGCAGGCAUCAAGGCCGAUCAAGUAGAAGAGAUGGAUUGGUGGGAUGGCAAAACCGUGUUCAAGAAGGGUGCUGGAGGCGUCGAGUUGAUAUGUACGCCUGCGCAACAUCGAUCUGGACGCACGCCUUGGAACUUCGAUGGCACAUUGUGGUGUAGUUGGAUCGUCAAGGAACCGUCUUCGUCUGGCAAGAAACUCUUCUUCGCUGGAGACACAGGGUACUGCCACGUUCUUUCCGACGACCAAUUCUCACACCACGAUGCGCCGCAUCCACCUUGUCCAGCUUUCAAAGAAAUCGGCGAGUUGUACGGGCCCUUUGAUCUGGCGCUUGUGCCUGUGGGUUGCUUCAAGCCGAGGUCUGUUUUGUCAGGUCAACAUUCUAGUCCUGAGGAUUCUCUGGCUAUACAUAGGGAUGUGAGGAGCAAGAAGAGUAUAGGCAUGCACUACGGUACAUUCCGUGGUCAGUACUCGGCCAGCUACGAACCGGUUACUGAGCCGCCUGAAAGAUGGCGGAAGGGUGCAGAGGCAAAUGGGCUGAAGUGGGGAGUUGACGUCGACUUGUGUGAUAUUGGCGGGACGGUUAUAGUUUAAUGGCACAUUUCAGUCGUGUUCGAUUAGUUUGAAUAGUAAUAUGACAUAUACCCUUCCACCUCAUACAAGA